CCAGCAAACUUGUUUGUUAGUCUCGCGAGACAAUAUUUCGCGGGGCAAUCACUGUGAUGUCCGUGAUUGGCCGAUGAACACACUGGCAAUGGGUUAUGCAUAAUUAUCCAAUUGAGAUUCAUAACUCUGUCACCAAUGACGACAUGCCCACCGUCCAUUCAUAUUUUAGGCUGUAGGGACAGGCGAAGCCCAAAGAUUUAGCCUAACCACUUGUCGAAAGUAGCAGUUCCGUGUAGCCGGUAAGCAUCUGGAGAUUGUGAUCACUAUUCUCACCAACAAUUGUUUUUCGGUGAAGUUAUACAAUAUAUACAAUCCGACCAUCCCUAUCAUACAAAUCGUUUUGCAAAAGUUACCUAAAAAAUAUUCCAAGUUAGAAACAAUUGAAAUUAGUUGAAAAGCUUAAGGUACAUCGUCACAAGGCUCUUUAUGUAAAGUGUAUGGAAAGAUUGACGUUUCAAAGAGGCAUUGAGAACUCUAUGAUCACCGUAGAACAAAUGGAGAGAUAUCGACUUUUGUGCCUAUUCUUUUUCACUGCAUUAUUGGUGAGCACAGACGCGGCGAAAGGUGGAGGAGGCAGAGGUGGCAGCAGGCGCGGUGGCGGAAGAGUAUACAAAUCUCGGAUGCCUAUUCUGAUUCCACAUAGAAAUCCUGCCAGUGCCAACUACUAUGAAAACAAAGACGGGGCAAGGAUAGUAAAAGCUUCGCACUUCGAAUUGGACUACAUGCUGGGAAGGAAGAUCACGUUUUUCUGCAUGGCCACUGGAUUUCCACGACCCGAGAUCACCUGGUUGAAAGAUGGAAUCGAAUUGUAUCAUCAUAAAUUCUUCCAGGUCGUUAUGCCACGUUCUACGGUGAUGCUGUUUUUGUUGAUCGUACUGUUAUUAAAUAGCCACGAAACUUUUGGACGAAGAGGACGAGGCAGAGGAAAAACCAGAUCGCGAGUUCAAAUAGGAUUGCCUAUUACUGGAAAGUAUCGUGAUCCAGAGAGUGAUCAAUAUUAUAAUAAUCACAAUGGAGCGAAGAUACUAUUGGCAUCGCACUUCGACUUAGAGUACGUUCUAGGACACAAAAUCGCCUUCCUCUGUGUAGCACGUGGAAAUCCACGACCGCACAUCACAUGGUUCAAGGAUGGUGCUGAGAUCUAUACACAUCUUUAUCUGCAUGUGCACGAAUGGCAAAUUGGCACGGACAAAGUGAAAUCGAAACUGGAAAUAGAUCCUGCGACCCAAAUGGAUGCUGGAGUUUACGAAUGUACAGCCGAUAACAUGUACAGUAUUGAUCGAAGAUCCUUCAAGACUGACUUCUCCAUUGCUUUCGACUAAAUUUAUGUUUCUUUUUAAGUAGUUUAGCACGAAUAUAAAUGAAAUUGAAAAUUACUAUCUUUAAGAUAUACACACACACACAUAUAUAUAUAUAUAUAUAGUUUGAAAAUAAUUAG